AUGUUGAAUCAUACGAAUAACAUUCAACAAGCAUAUUAUUCAAUUUGCUCCAGUUACUCGAGCUCCCAUAGUUUUUUUCUUUCUUAUUUGCCUUUCCGCUAUUACAUGACAAUUAACAAUGAUAGAGAUCACAAUAGACCUGAUCAUGCUGUUCCUGAAAGCGGUCUUACAGAUUAUGAAACGGAAAGGAAGAAUUUUAAUAUUCAUGUAGAGAAGUUCUAUAAUUUCUGCACCGACAUCAUCGACAAGUGGGCAGCUACUGAAAAGAGGAGUUCUGAAAUAGAGAAAUUAGCUUUCUGGUGGAAAGAUGAUAACAAGAAGGAGAUUAAAUGGACUUUUGGUGACCUUCAGCGGCAAUCAAAUCAAGUGGCCAAUAUGUUGUCAAAUAAGUGUGGUCUGAAAAAAGGUGACCGACUUAUUGUCAUUUUACCACGAGUUCCUGAGUGGUGGCUUAUCAACCUUGCUGCUAUAAGGGCAGGUUUAAUUCUCAGUCCUGGUACUACCCAGUUGAGAGCAGGUGAUAUCCAACAUCGCCUGCAAUUAUCUGGAGCUAAAUGUAUCAUUGCAGAUAAUUCUACAAGAGACUUGAUUGACCAGGUUGCUGGCAAAUGUCCUGACUUACUGUACAAAAUCUAUUUAGGUCCAAAAUCUGACACAAGGUUACCUUGGUUGAAUUUUGAUGAGUUAUUGAGUCAGGAACCAGAAACUUUCCAGAAUGUAAAGACUUAUUCCUCUGACCCAAUGAUAUGGUUCUUUACAAGUGGAACAACAGGAAAACCAAAGAUGACGGAACACACCUAUGCCAGUUAUGGUCUUGGAAGUAGUGUUACUGCCAGGUAUUUCCUCACAGCUCAGCGCAGUGAUGUUAUUUGGAACAUAUCUGAUACUGGCUGGGCAAAAAGUGCUUGGAGCAGCCUCUUUGCCCCUUGGUUAGCUGGAGCUUGUGUCUUUGUUCAUCACACAAGUAACAUAAAAUUCCAAGUAGAACCUGUAUUACAGAACUUAGAGGACUAUGAAAUUUCCGUUCUCUGUGUUCCAGCUACUGUUCUGCGUUUGAUAGUACAGCAUGACUUAACAAGCCGGAAAUUCAAAGCUCUGCGACACUGUGUCUCUGCUGGAGAACCAGUGAACCCUGAUUUGAUAGUUAAAUGGAAGAAAGACACAAAGCUGGAUUUGUAUGAGGGUUUUGGGCAAACUGAAACAACAUUGCUUUGUAGUAAUUACCCCUUCAUUGAGCAGAAAAUUGGAUCGAUGGGGAAACCACCACCUGGCAUUGACCUCCAGAUUGUUGACAAUGAAGGUAAUAUACUUCCUCAUGACACAGAAGGCAACCUUGCUGUUCGUUAUCGUCCCCAACGGCCAGUUGGACUUUUCAGUAAAUAUGUUAGUGAGCCAAAUGUGACUGCUUCAGUAUUCUGCGGAGAUUUCUACUUGACAGGAGACAGAGCCAUGAUGGACAAAGAUGGUUACUUCUGGUUCAUUGGCCGUUCUGAUGAUGUCAUAAUCACUUCAGGUUAUCGAAUUGGCCCUUUUGAAGUCGAGAGUGCUUUGAUACAGCAUCCUGCUGUCCUAGAGUCUGCUGUAGUCAGUAGUCCUGAUCCUGUGAGAGGAGAGAUUGUUAAAGCCUUUGUAAAACUGGUUUCUGAUUACCAAAACACAGAUUAUACAAAUUUGAUAAAAGAACUUCAGGAACAUACAAAGAUGAUCACUGCACCUUAUAAAUACCCACGUAAGAUUGAAUUUGUUGAUGAGCUUCCAAAAACUGUCAGUGGAAAAAUUCGUCGAGUUGAAUUGAGAAAUAAGGAGUGGCACAAAGUCAACAACUGA